AUGGAUAGAAAUGCCUUUCAUAAUUUAGUUCUAUUAACUAAGGAUGUCGGAGGUUUGACUAAUGGUAAGUAUAUGUCAAGAAGUGAAAAGCUAGCAAUGUUCUUAAACAUCUUGGCUCAUCACGAGAAGAAUAGAUCUAUCAAGGUCGAUUAUAUUAGAUCCGGAUGGAGCGUAAGUCAAGCUUUUAAUGAGUGCUUGAGAGCUAUACUCAAACUAACUCCACUGUUCCUUGUCAAUCCUAAACCGAUCCUUGAAAAUGAGAUUGAAGAUCGAUGGAAAUGGUUUAAGGGUUGUUUAGGUGCACUAGAUGGUACUUACAUUCACAUUAGAGUUCCAUCUGUGUACAAACCAAGAUACAGGACAAGGAAGGGAGAUAUAGCUACUAAUGUAUUGGGAGUUUGUGAUAGAAAUCUCAAUUUUACUUAUGUGUUACCUGGUUGGGAAGGAUUAGCUGCUGAUGGUCGUGUAUUACGAGACGCUGUAGUGCGGGCUCGUGAUGUUAUCGAAAGGGCGUUUGGUCUCUUAAAAGGGCGUUGGGGAAUUCUUAGGAGUUCUUUGUGGUACUCUGUUAAAGUUCAUAACAGAAUUAUAAGUGCUUGUUGUUUGAUUCACAACUACAUCCGUAGAGAGAUGGAUGUGGAUCUUUUAGACAUGGAUAUGGAAGAACAAGUUGAGAAUCAACCUGAACAUAUUGAUCUUGUUGAAUCGUCUGAAGAGUGGACCACUUGGAGGGAUGAGUUGGCUCAAUCAAUGUGGAAUGCAAGAUCUAAUCUGUGA